AUGAAAGGGGGAAUCCUCAGGUGUCGGAUUAAGUCUGUAUCGGCGACAUUAAUCCUCUGGGCAGUCAUCGCCAUUUUGUUGUUGAUGUACUACGGAUCAGCCGUCACAAAGGACUGGAAUUCCUCUGAGUUGUCUUACUCUAAACUAGACAGCCAGGAAUCACAGCGAGACAUAAGAGAGCCGACGCAAGCCAGAAGCUCCGAAGUGCGCAGAAUCGUGUAUAUUCGGAUUCCCAAAACCGGAAGCAGCACCAUGACGAUGUUAGUCUGGCGAUUUGCCUGGGCCCGGAACCUCAGUGUGCUAGCCGUGAAUCCGAAAUUUGAAGGCACACGAGACCGAUUGACCCACAAGAUGUUCUUCUUACCUCCCCCUGGGCAGAAGUAUGACGUCAUGGCUGAACACGUGCUCUACAACAAGGAGUCGUUUUCGAAUUACCUGGCAGAGGACGCCGUCUAUGUGACCAUGCUGCGCGAACCGUUCAGUCUGCUUUACUCUACUCUGUAUUACGUGCCGGCAUUUCAAAAAACCAUCACUGAAGUGAACAAAAUCGAGGCUUACUUGAAAAAUCCGGCUAAAUAUGACAACACCGCCAUUAUGGCUGGUCGCUCAUACACCAAAAAUCCACAAUCUUCUUUUCUCGGACUCAGACGAAGAGAUUUCGACAACGAGGGGAAAAUACAGGAGCUGAUAUCUUCUAUAGAUCGCGAUUUCCCUGUGGUUUUGAUUCUCGAGAGGCUGGAUGAAUCAUUAAUACUGCUCCGCAGAGUGCUAAAAUGGCCCAUGAAGGACAUUAUCUACUCGGUGGAAAAUGUGAACUCGGCCAAACCAAAGCUCAAAAUCACGCCUGAACACCGAGAAAAGUACAAGAAAUGGAGCCUGGCCGAUCACAAAUUGUACAAUUUCUUCAAAAAGAAAUUAGAGGAAUCCAUCGAAGAAGCCGGACCAGAGCUGCAAGAGGAGCUCGCGGUGUUCAGGAAGUAUAAAAUGGAUAUCGCUAGGUAUUGCAGAUUUCAAACCAUAAUGGAUGAGGAUAUGCUGUUUACGGAAAGUCCAUACAACGAAAGAUUUUCAAUCACGAGAAAGGACUGUUCCCUGAUAUACGUGGAGCCUCUAGUUCUAAUUAGUAACAUAAGGAAACGUCAACAUGCUUAUCCGUUUCUUAGCCCGUCACUUUAA